AUGAAGUUUGCAACAGUUUUCCUCGCCGUAUUGGCCUCCACGCUCGCUCCUGCGAGUGUGUUCGGUCAAUUCCCGACCCGCCUUGGAGGUGUCAACACUGCGGGCUAUGACUUCAGCGUUGACACCAGCGGUGAUUUCUCUGGCACAGGCGACACUCCUCCGGCCUCGCAGUACACCCACUUCACUGCCGAGGGUGUCAACUUGUACCGUAUCCCAUUUGCAUGGCAGCUGAUGACUCCCACGCUGGGCGGAACCAUCAAUACCACCUGGUUCGAUGAUGACUACGAUGUGACUGUGCAAGCUGCUUUGAGCUCUGGGUCCGACGUGUACGUCAUCGUCGACUUGCACAACUACGCCAGGUGGGACGGAGAGAUCAUCGGUCAGGGUGGUCCCACCAAUGCUCAAUUUGCCUCGGUCUGGACGCAGCUCGCUGAGCAGUAUGGCUCGAACGACAGGAUUAUCUUCGGUGUUAUGAACGAGCCUCACGACCUGAACGUCACUGAAUGGGUCGCGUCCGUUCAAUAUGUCGUCAACGCCAUUCGUGAAGCCGGAGCCACCAACUAUCUGCUCUUGCCUGGGUCCAGCUACUCUUCUGCUGAGACCUUCCCGACUGAGGCUGGUCCUUACCUGGUGGAUGUGACGGACCCUCUUGGUGGCACCUCGAAGCUCCUCUUUGACGUUCACAAGUACCUCGAUUCUGAUAACAGCGGCACCCACUCGACCUGCGUUACCAAUAACGUCGAUGUCCUCGAGACUCUUGUUUCCUUCCUUCAGGAUAACGGUGACCGUCAGGCCAUUCUGAGCGAGACCGGUGGAGGAGAGACGUCUAGCUGCUACACAGACCUUGCGCAAGAGCUCGCCUACGUCGAGUCCGCUUACCCGACCCUCGUCGGUUUCUCGGUUUGGGCUGCGGGUGCCUUUGAUACCAGCUAUGUCCUGUCGGUUACUCCUUACUCCAACGGCACCGACCAGACUUUGUGGACCGAGGCUGUGAAACCCUACCUGCCGUGA